AUGACGGCCACCGCCAGCAGUGUGGAAAAGGGCGAGUCUCUCCUCAACACGGGUCUCACCCUGCAGGCCAUGGGGGUUGAUACCAUAGUAAUCAGGCAUCCCCACUCGGGAGCGCCGCAUUUCCUGGCGCGUAAUCUAACAGACGUUGCGGUUAUCAACGCCGGGGAUGGAACCCAUGCCCAUCCCACUCAGGCGCUGCUCGACCUGUAUACCGCGCAAAGUCACCUUGGUGAUUUGGCAGGACGGCGGAUCGUCAUCGUUGGGGACGUGCUGCAUAGUCGAGUUGCGCGCUCGGCGGUGUGGGGAUUCGCCAGGUUGGGGGCUGAGGUUGUGUUGUCCGGUCCCGCGACGCUGAUGCCCGAAGCGUUCACGCCCAUGGGUAAUCCGUUGGCCCGCGUAAGUGUACAGUCCGACCUGGACCUUGCCGUGCGUGGCGCCGACCUGGUGAUGGCGCUUCGUCUGCAGUCGGAGAGGCAACACGGAGGGUUUUUCCCCAGCCUCAGAGAGUAUGUCCGGCGUUGGCAGGUAAACGAAGCCAGGAUGGGGCUGGCGAAAUCGGGCGCGCUGUUGAUGCAUCCUGGGCCGAUGAAUGAAGGUGUCGAAGUAAGUACCAGUCUGGCUCAUGGGGAUCGUUCGCUCAUCGAGCAACAGGUGACCAACGGAGUCGCGGUGCGCAUGGCUUUGUUGUACCAGGUCGCCUCUUCGGCGAAUACGGGUACCUGA